GCCAGAGAUGUCAACAGUCAGUUCAAGAUGGCUGCGCUGCCGAUGGUGAGGGUCGCGCUGCUCCUCGCGUUCUCGGUGUUUCUGACGCUCGUCCUGGGCUUCGGCUUGCCGUCUGUGCUCAACCUCUUCGCGCGAUGCUGCGGCUUCCCCGAGGCGAGCGUCACGGAGAGCAUAGUGCUGCUGUACGCGCUGUUCGUGCUGUAUGUGGCCAUGCCGCGUCUGCCCCGCGGGACACUGAAGGUUGCAGGGAAAGCAGUGCUCGUUACCGGCUGUGACACUGGAUUUGGACUGGCUUUGGCCAAGCACUUUCACAAGCUUGGUUUCAUGGUGUUUGCAGGUUGUCUGUUUAAGAAUUAUUGCGAGUUAGUCAGAAGUCUGUGGGCUGUGGUCAACAAUGCUGGUAUCUCCACAUUCGGUGAGGUGGAGUUCACAACCAUGGACACAUAUAAGCAGGUUUCAGAGGUCAACCUGUGGGGCACCAUCAGAGUAACCAAAGCCUUCCUGCCUCUCAUCCGCAGGGCUAAAGGUCGCGUGGUGAACAUCGCCAGCAUGUAUGGCAGGAUGGGAAACGCUCUCCGAUCCCCUUACUGUGUAUCCAAAUACGGAGUGGAGGCUUUUUCUGACUGUCUCAGGUAUGAAAUGAAGGUUUGGAAUGUCAAAGUUUCCGUCAUUGAGCCAGGAAACUUUAUCGUGGCCACGGGUAUCCUGACACGUGACAUAGUCACGACAACAGCAGAGAAGCUCUGGAAGGAGGCGCCCCCUGGUGUCCAGGAGGACUAUGGGAAAGCUCACUUUGAGCAGUACAUGGCUCUCAUGCGUUCCUACUGCAACAGCGGCCAGCGAGAGAUCGAGCCAGUCUUAGACGACGUCACAGAUGCAAUCACAUCCAAACGGCCAUACAAACGGUACAACCCCAUGGAGCCGCACUGGUGGAUCCGCAUGCAAAUAAUGACCCACCUUCCUGCGGCCAUCUCAGACAGACUCUACUUCUAAUGAGAUGCCAACUUCCAAUGUUCGUCACAGGGUGAAUCAAUGAAUUAAUAUAUGCCAUAUUGAUCAUAAUCAAAUUAGUAUACAAUCUUUUAAAUAAUAAUAAAAAAAAAAAAAAAAAAAAAAAAAAAAAAAGAGAAUUGGCAUACAAUCUUAAAUUUGGGGAAAAAAAAUAAAUCACAAAUCUCAAAAGGAAUAUUCUAGGUAAAAUACAAGUAAAACUAUGUGUGAUACCACAGGACAUAAGACAAGUCAACAUUAUUUUGUCCAAAAUAUUCCCUUAAAGGGAUAGUUCACCCAAAAAUGAAAAUUUGCGGUUCAUUUCCUCAUCCUCCGGUCAUCCAAGAUGUAGGUGACUAUUUUUUUACAGUAUAACAGUAAAGAAGAUUUUUAGCUGAAACCGUGGUCCUUGGUGAUUCAUAAAAUUCAAGUCACCAGCUGCUAUCACUUUGAGUCAAAAAAAAAAAAAAAAAAAAAAACCCAUACAGGCAAAAUCAAAUUAAUACCAGUUGCUCCUGAUAAUAUAUAGAGGUCUUAUAAAGCAAAACAAUCAAUUUGUGCAAGGAACUAAACAUUGUUUAUUAUUAUCAACAUUACGGCACCUUAGGAGCCUUAGGCACUCUGGUCAUGUUCAGUUUCUUGCACAGACUGAUUGUUUCGCUUCAUAAGAUUUUAAUAUAUAUUGUCAGGAGCCACUGGUAUUAAUUGUGUUCCUGUAUGGCUUUUGUGACAAAGUACCGGUAGCUGUUAACUGGCAUUUAAUGAAUCACCAAGCAAAUUUUCAUUUUUGGGUGAACUAUACCUUUAAGUUUGAAUGUAUGCACUUUGAUUCACUUUAUCGUAUUUUAGGCUCGUUAAUGGUUAAGUAUUCUGGAAAUGUGAACACUUUUCAGUAUUUUGAUUUGGUCACGCAGACAUUUCCAUAGAGCGAUCCCGAAUCACCAGAGGCCUGAAGCAGUGAAAAACAGCAUUAUACAGCGCGUCCCGGCUGGCUGCUGAUGUGGCAGAUGUCUUCGUGUGGCUCUUUUCAUUGAAAGGAUGAAACCAA